GCUUUUCCAGAAAAAAUAUUCAAACGUUGGAAGAACAGCCAGUAUAAAGCCUUCAAAGAGUUUCCAAAAGUAUGGACAAUUUAGAAGUAAAACUUGAAUCAUUUGAACACAAUAGCUGCCGGGAAUGCGGAGAAACAUUUAAUGAAUGGACAGAACUGAUGAAUCACAGAGAGAAUUCACACAGUCUUUACACCUGCAAGACUUGUAAAAAAGAAGAAAUAUCUGUAAAAGACUUUGAGUAUCAUCUUCAGAUCCAUGGUGGAUUCAGGCUCUUCAAAUGUAUCAUUUGCAAUGAAAAUUUUUCAUUUCUCUGUGAACUCAAUGAUCACCUUCCUAAACAUUUAUAUGAAGUUACAGAUUUAAAGAAAAUUGAAUAUGUGGAAGUAUCAGAAGCACAUGAUGAACCCUGCUCCCAAGAUAUCUACAUAAAAACAGAGGAUUCUGAUAAUGAGGGUAACAAUUUAGAUGAAGAUGUGUUUUCUGAGACAGAACCUGGUAAGAUUGGUGAGGAGGAAAGGAAAUGCUCUGAAUUAAUAGAAAUUGAUCAAGUAGACAAAAUAAAACGAGGAAGACCGAAGGAGACAGAUGUACCACGUCCUAUGUUGAAGAGGAGAUUUAAAUGUUCUCAUUGUUCUACAACUACAAAAACAGCCACAAGUCUCAAACUUCACAUGAGAUCUCAUACCGGUGAAAAACCAUAUGAGUGUGCUGACUGUGGAAGAUACUAUCUCCAGAAGUGUGCAUUGAAAAUUCACAUAACUAUGAAGCACGACAGAAACAAGAAAAGGACAGAAGUUUGUCAGAUCUGUGGAAAAGGUUUCUAUUUUGUAAGGAGAUUAAAGGAACAUAUUCGUGAGAUUCAUAAGAAACCACGAGAGAAAUAUCAAAGGAUCCAUACAGGCGAGAAGCCUUUUAGUUGUAAAAAGUGCAAUAAAGUUUUAUCUACAAAAAAUAGUCUAAAAGUUCAUAUGGCUUCUCAUGGUGCACCAAUUCAUCAGUGCAAUUCUUGUGAAAAAUCCUUCAAAAUCCGAGAAAGUCUCAAGAAGCACGUGCAGAGAGUUCAUGAGGAAAGAAAAUUUCCCUGUUUUCACUGCGGAAAGAAAUACGCUUCCAAUGGAGAUGCAAUCAGACAUAUGAGACAAACCCAUUCCAAAGGAGAGAAAGAUUAAGCCGAGAAAAAUCAACAAAAAAGAACAAUCUUAAAAGAUUAAAAGGGUAAUAAAAAGUUUCCUUUUGAAUUUCUAUAUCUAUUAAAUAUUGUUACACCUCUACAAAGAAAAUUUUGUACUUCUCUAAGUAAAUAAAUAAUAAGAAUAUGAAUUUUUGUAAA